UUUGUUAUUUGAUUUGAUUUGAUUUUUUUUUGGGGGGGGGGGGGGAUUUUUGUUUCCUGAGUAAAGAGUCGCCUUUUCUCCUCUAAAAUUGGCUCCCGUGCAAACCGCCGCGUUGGAUCCGUCGGCGUACUGCGAGACUCCGGUGUACAACCCGGAUCUCUGCCCCAACAUGAUCGCGGCGCAGGCCAAGCUGGUGUACCACCUGAACAAGUACUACAACGAGAAGUGCCAGUCGCGCAAGGCGGCCGUGUCCAAGACCAUCCGCGAGGUGUGCAAGGUGGUGUCGGACGUGCUCAAGGAGGUGGAGGUGCAGGAGCCGCGCUUCAUCAGCUCCCUGAGCGAGAUGGACAACCGCUUCGAGGGCCUGGAGGUCAUCUCGCCCAGCGAGUUCGAGGUGGUGCUCUACCUCAACCAGAUGGGCGUCUUCAACUUCGUGGACGACGGCUCGCUGCCCGGCUGCGCGGUGCUCAAGCUGAGCGACGGCCGCAAGAGGAGCAUGUCCCUGUGGGUGGAGUUCAUCACCGCCUCGGGCUACCUGUCGGCGCGCAAGAUCCGCUCGCGCUUCCAGACGCUGGUGGCGCAGGCGGUGGACAAGUGCAGCUACCGCGACGUGGUCAAGAUGGUGGCGGACACCAGCGAGGUCAAGCUGCGCAUCCGCGACCGCUACGUGGUGCAGAUCACGCCCGCCUUCAAGUGCACCGGCAUCUGGCCGCGCAGCGCCGCGCACUGGCCGCUGCCGCACAUCCCGUGGCCGGGGCCCAACCGCGUGGCCGAGGUCAAGGCGGAGGGCUUCAACCUGCUCUCCAAGGAGUGCUACUCGCUCAACGGCAAGCAGAGCUCGGCCGAGAGCGACGCCUGGGUGCUGCAGUUCGCCGAGGCCGAAAACCGGCUGCUGCUGGGCGGCUGCCGCAAGAAGUGCCUGUCGGUGCUCAAGGCGCUGCGCGACCGCCACCUGGAGCUGCCCGGCCAGCCGCUCAACAACUACCACAUGAAGACGCUGGUGUCCUACGAGUGCGAGAAGCACCCGCGCGAGUCCGACUGGGACGAGAACUGCUUGGGCGACCGCCUCAACGGGAUUCUAUUGCAGCUCAUCUCCUGCCUGCAGUGCCGCCGCUGCCCGCACUACUUCCUGCCCAACCUCGACCUCUUCCAGGGCAAGCCGCACUCGGCGCUGGAGAACGCCGCCAAGCAGACGUGGCGCCUGGCCAGGGAGAUCCUCACCAACCCCAAGAGCUUGGAGAAACUCUGAGGUAACCGAGCCCCGAACAAAACCCGCCCGUCUUUCGCGCGCCUACUCGGAGGAACGCGACUCCCUUUUCCGAACAAGAACAACAAAACAAAACAAAACAAACCUUGACAAGACUUGAAACGCGCGUGUACAUUUGAUACUGUAAAUGUGUUGAUAGGGUGAAUGUUCGUGGGCUUUUUUCCCCCUCUCUUUUCUUUUCUUUUCUUUGUCUGCUAGAGAAAAAAAACAACAACUGCUAAUUAAUUUAUAUACAGUAUGUCCUUUCUUUCUUCUUUGUUUGUGUUGCAAAGUUUACAUUUGAGUGUAAAGCAUCUGUUAAAGACACAUUCCAUCGAUUUACUUGAAUUUUUUAUUUAACUAACCUUUUUUUUUAUUGCCUGUUGUUUUUCUUAAAACAAAACGAUUCUUUUUUUUUUUUUUUUUUUUAAAUGACAACCUAUAUAAAUAUAGUAAAUAUAUAUGACGGUUAAAUUGAGGAAAAGAAAUGCACUUGAACUACACUGGAUUAUAACAUCUGUGAUCUGUUGUUCUUUUUUUAAUUCUUAUUGUCAUUCACUUAAUUUAAAGAGCGAAUAAAACCAACUGUUACAUAUA